AUGACUUUCUCUCAGAGGCUUGCCGCGGCAUGGAAGCGGCAUGCGUUCGUUCUAGGUUCUUGCGCCACCGGGUGCAAGACCAGCAUCGCCGACAUACUUGUCCAAAAGCAGUACGAGGGCAAGAAAGAGAUCGAUUGGAAAAGAAAUUUCGUCUUCACAUCGUUUGGGCUCUUCUAUUUGGGCGCCUUCCAAUACGUUCAGUACACAAUCUGGUUCCCUCGGUUUCUCCCAGGGACACACUGGACGGACGUUGCUAAGCGAGUCUGUUUCGAUCAGACUAUCAACACCGGCGUGUGGUACUAUCCUUUGUUCUACGUGGUGCAGAGCAUGGUGAUGAACAGUGCUUUCGACCGGCAGCGCGCUGAGGAGGGUUUACAGCGAUACCGCAAUAACAUUGUCGCAGACAUGUGUAAUUGCUGGCAGCUUUGGAUACCCGCCCAGUCGGUUAACUUCAGCAUUGUGCCAAUUCACCUGCGCGUGCCCUUUGCAGCAGGAGUGUCCUUUGUGUGGAGUUGCAUACUUAGCGCACUCCGCGGUAACAUGACAGUGCCCAACACCGAGGCUGAUCUCAAGUGCGUCCCGCUCAAGCAGGUCGCCGAGCCCAGACCAUGCCCCGGUGGACUUGACAGUGACGCCCCGCUUGUCCUUUCCAGCAUUCCCCUAGUGCCGGGGGCAGCAACGUGA